AUGCGGCCAUUUCAGUGGCCAAAAGACCUAAAGCCUCUCCUUUUACGCUUCAAAGACAGGGCAUCCAUUGCUAAAAUCCACGCUAUCAUGAUAUCAUCUGGGACAUUCGACCGUGGAACUUCUUUCAAUGGCCAAUUGGUAGCAUCCUAUAUCCGAAUUGGCGACAUUGAAUCAGCCCGACUAGUGUUCGAUAAAUCGCCCCACAGAGCCGUAGAUGCUUAUAAUGCCAUGAUCAUUGCGUAUUCACGUAAAGUUUGCCCACUAGAAGUGAUUAAACUGUACAAGCAAAUGAAUUUGGAAGGAGCUAGACCCGAUAGCUCUACUUUUACGUUGGCACUAAAGGCGUGUACAAGCUUGUUAGAUUUGGAUAUGGGUGAAAAAAUUCGAACCAAUGCUGUGAAAUGUGGAUAUGAGCAUGAUAUGUUUGUUGGGUCUUCUGUUUUGAAUUUGUAUGCUAAGUGUGGCCAAAUGGAUGAAGCAAUGGGUGUGUUUGAAAAGAUUCCGGGGAGGGAUAUUGUUGCUUGGACGACAAUGAUAACGGGGUUUGUACAAAGUGGUCGAGUGAGUGACGCGAUAUGGAUAUAUAGGCAGAUGCAAAAAGAGGGCAUAGAAGGGGAUGGGGUUGUGAUGUUGGGGUUGAUUCAGGCUUGUGCAAAUAUUGGGGAUACGAAAAUGGGUCUUUCUGUUCAUGGACAUAUGAUUAGGAGGGAUCUUCGUAUUGAUGUGGUGGUGCAAACCAGCCUUGUGGACUUGUAUGCAAAGAAUGGACAGUUGGAGCUUUCUUCUCGUAUGUUUAGGAAUAUGAGUCAUAGGAAUGCUGUUUCUUGGAGUGCUUUGAUUUCUGGCUGUGCUCAAAAUGGUUUUGUUGGGAAUGCACUUGAACUAUUGAAAGAGAUGCAGAGUUUUGGGUUUGAACUGGAUUUAGUGUCGCUGAUGAGUGGACUUUUGGCCUGUUCUCAAGUUGGUUUUUUGAAACUGGGUAGGUCGAUACAUGGAUAUAUCAUGAAAAGGCUUGAUCUAGAUCAAGUUCUUGGCACUGCAUUGAUUGACAUGUACUCAAAAUGUGGAUUCCUUUCUAAUGGCCGUGCAGUAUUUGAGCUGUUAAGUUCUAAGGACUUGAUCUCCUGGAAUACAAUGAUUGCCAGCUAUGGUAUCCAUGGACAAGGAAUGGAGGCUCUCUCACUCUUCCUCCACAUGACAGAGACAGACUUAAAACCAGACCAUGCAACUUUUGCUUCUCUGCUCUCUGCCUGUAGUCAUUCUGGUUUAGUAGAAGAAGGGAAAUACUGUUUUGAUCGCAUGGUAUAUGAAUUCAAUAUUAAACCAAGCGAGAAGCAUUAUGCUUGUUUGGUUGAUCUUUUGGCUCGUGCCGGACGAGUGGAAGAAGCUCGUGAUCUGAUAGAUUCAAUGACAACCGAUCCAGGGAUUGCUGUGUGGGUUGCCCUUCUUCUAGGUUGCCAUAUACAUCGUAAGUUGUUGACUGGAGAGUUGGCAGCAAAGAAGGUUCUUGAGUUGAAGCCAGAUAAUCCUGGAAUUUAUGCUCUAGUUUCAAACUUUUACGCCGCAGCAAGGAAGUGGGAUGAAUUUGCUGGGGUGAGGAAGGUCAUGAAAAAUACAGGGAUGAAGAAAGUACCUGGUUACAGUGUUGUGGAAGUGCAUGGAAAACUCCAUGCUUUUCUUAUGGAAGAUAAGAGCCAUCCCCAAUAUGAACAGAUUGCGGGAAUGUUGGAGAAGCUGGAGCAUGAGAUGACAGCUAUGGGUUAUAUCCCUAACACAGAAUUUGUGCUGCACAAUCUUGAAGAAGAAGUCAAAGUAAAAAUGGUGUGUAGUCACAGUGAGAGACUUGCUAUUGCUUUUGGGCUCUUGAACACAGGGCUAGGAACUAGAUUGCUCAUCACAAAAAACCUCAGAGUCUGCAGGGAUUGCCAUGAAGCAACUAAGUUUAUCUCCAAAAUAGUGAAUAGAGAGAUUGUGGUGAGAGACGUGAAACGAUUUCAUCACUUUAAGGAUGGAGUCUGCUCAUGCGGUGACUACUGGUAAACCCUGAUAUAAGAGCUUACUUUCCCCUUAUUGGGUUUUGCUUGGUUCAAGUACCCAAUUCUCAGGCCAAGGUCCUAUCACCUUUGAUUGAAGAAAUUUUGACUAUUGUAACUUGAUCGUGGCAGAGAGAUGGAUUGCAUACUGAACUUUAACAUUAAUGUAAAGAAACAGCAUUAUGUUUC